GCAAAACCGAAGCCUUAAGCUUAUGGUGUCCGUGAGCCCCAACCCGGCUCCUGGGUUUUACUUUUUCGAUCCCAUGAAUAUGGGUCUUCCUGGUCUUAGUUCUCUGCCGCCUGCCAACGCGGUGGCGCCUCCUCCUCCUCCUACUGCCGGUUCGCCGUAUUUGGAGGAUCCGAGUAAGAAGAUCCGGAAGCCUUACACUAUUACCAAGUCCAGAGAAAGCUGGACUGAUCAGGAGCGCGAUAAGUUUCUCGAUGCUCUUCAAUUAUUUGAUCGUGAUUGGAAGAAGAUUGAAGCAUUUGUUGGGUCCAAGACAGUAAUCCAGAUCCGUAGCCAUGCACAAAAGUAUUUCCUAAAGGCUCAAAAAAAUGGGGCAACUGAACAUGUACCUCCCCCUCGGCCAAAAAGGAAAGCAGCUCAUCCGUACCCACAAAAAGCUCCCAAAAAUGCUGCUGUUGUACCCCAAGUAGUUGGACCGUUUCAAUCGUCAUCUGCCUUGCUUGAAUCUGGUUAUACCUACAGACCAGAUUCAUCAUCAGUGCUUGAAAAUCCAAUUGCUAAGGGAGCUUGGUCUUCCAGGAGUUACGACUCUGUCCCACCUGUCACUGUUUCUCAACGGACUAAAGAUGAUGCAACAUUUGCUGGACCAAAUAUUGCGCCCAACUGCUGUUACAGUAGUAGUAAGGAAAGCACUCCCAGAAUCUGGUCAUUUGGUAAAACAAUUGCCCAAGGGGAUCAUAGGAAGCAAUCUAGAGUUGUGCCAGAUUUUUCUCAGGUGUACACUUUCCUUGGCAGUGUCUUUGACCCCGGUGCAAGUGGGCACUUGCAGAUAUUGAAGCAGAUGGACCCAAUAAAUGUGGAAACAGUGGUGGUGUUGAUGAGAAAUCUUGCUACCAAUUUGAAAAGCCCAGAGUUUGAGGAUCAAAGAAGGUUGCUGUCAACGUAUGAUGCAGAGUCCAGAGAGGUUAAAUUUGGUAGCUCCUACAAUGUCAUUCACCAUCAUAAACCAGCUACUGCUGUUACAACAGCAUAAUAAGUUACUUGAAAGUUUUGGAACCAUCCUUUCUUUGUCAGCUGAUUGCUCGUUUGAAGGCAUGAGCACCAGGCUGCAAGAAAAACGGAUGCAGCCGGUUAACUUGCAAACAAGACGUAGAGGUCAGAUGUGCAUGUACAUAUGUACACAUGUAUGUAAUGUAUUUAUAUAUGUACGUAUGUACAUAUGUGAGGUGUAGUUAUGAUCUUUGGAGGACCUGGUAGCUUGUCAAAUAGACUGGAUUCUUUUUUUAUGCACUGUGUAUAUCAUACAAAAGUCGUUGGUUAGAGGCUAAUAUCAUGUAUAAAAAGAGCCGUUGAGUUUUCCACUGUAAAUAUUCUCAGGACUAAUAAAAUUAGGGUUUGCAUUACCGUCA